AAAGCCAUUCCAAAUUUCCAACAAUGGCUACCAGUAAACUAUGCCUGAACACUACAGUUUCCCUCUUCAUUUUGCUAUGUUUCAGCAUAGCACCGCCUUAUUCUGUUCAUGCACAGAGUACUGUUAGAGAUACCAUUAAGACUGGGGAAAUGCUUGGAUUCUCUGACCAACUUACUUCAGCUGAUGGCAGAUUCGUUUUAGGCUUUUUCAACCCCUUAAAUGCUGCUCACCGUUACUUGGGAAUCUGGUUUAAAGAUGACCCCAAUAAUGUUGUAUGGGUUGCUCAACGAACCAGUCCCGUAUACGGAAGCAGUGGCAACCUCACUAUGGACUCAGACGGCGUAUUGAAGAUUAUGCAGAGUGGAGGGAACACAAUUGCGUUGAAUUCCAAUCAAGCGGCUAAGAACUCGACAGCAACACUUGAGACUUCUGGCAAUUUUGUAUUGACAGAAUUGAAUCCUGAUGGAUCUCCCAAGCAGGUUUUGUGGCAAAGCUUUGAUUUUCCUACUAACACGUUACUUCCUGGAAUGAAACUAGGGGUUAACUUCCGAACUGGGCAAACUUGGUUGCUUACUUCUUGGUUAAGCCAACAAAUAGCUACCCCUGGAACUUUUUCCCUUGAGUGGAACAACAGUUCUGGUACUGGACAAAUCGUUGCCAGACGCCGUGGAGAUAUCUACUGGACAAGUGGGAGCUUGAACUUGAACAGUCGUACCUUUGAGAACGUUCGUGGGUCGCAGGAUAAAUUCAAUUUUAGUUAUGUUUCUAACCAGAAUGAGAGCUACUUCACUUAUUCUGUUCUUGAUGGGAGUACUUCGAGGUUGGUCUUGGAUGAAAAAGGGGCAAUUAGCAAUCUUCUUAUAGACGGUGUAUGCUAUGGGUAUCUAGGUUGUGCGAUGUCAGAACCUACCUGCAGAAGUAAAGAAGAUGACUUUUUGCCACAAAUAGGUGUUUUUGAUGGAGGAUCUUAUUUGUCUGAGGACAAUGUGAGCAUUGGUUUAAGCGAUUGUUGGACUAGAUGCUGGAAUGAAUGUUCUUGUAUUGGUUAUAAUACUCUUAACACAGAUGGAACUGGAUGUGAAUUUUGGAAUACAGAUGUAAACUUUACAACAGCUGAAACUAAUGGGAGAAUGCCUUAUGUUCUAAGUUCAGCAUUGCCAUCAUCAUUAAACAACUCAUCAGAAAAUGGAAAAUGGUGGAUGUGGCUCAUCAUUGCAGUUGCUGGUGUUUUGGUAAUACUUAGCGUGGGCUUCUUAUGCUAUUUGAGAAGGAAGAAACUCCAAAGGGACAAGGAAAGGAGUGAAGAAAUUAUAUUAUUGGAAUUAAUUGCUAAUGAUACAAAAGAGAGAGGGAAUGAUGGGAAGAAAGAUCAUGAUUUGAAAGUCUUCACUUUUGCUUCUAUAACGGCCGCAACAAAUGAUUUUUCAACUGAAAAUAAACUUGGAGAGGGUGGUUUUGGUCCUGUAUAUAAGGGAAAAUUGCCAGAGGGGCUAGAAAUAGCGGUAAAGAGACUCUCAAGGAGUUCCGUUCAAGGAUUGGUGGAGUUCAAGAAUGAACUAUUACUCAUAGCAAAACUCCAACACAUGAAUCUCGUUAGACUUUUGGGUUGUUGUGUUAAAGGAGACGAAAAGAUGCUUAUCUAUGAAUUCAUGCCCAACAAAAGCUUGGACUUCUUCCUUUUUGAACCAACCAAAAGGGAGCUCUUGGAUUGGAAGAGACGUUACAAUAUUAUAGAUGGAAUUGCUCAAGGACUACUUUAUUUGCAUAAAUAUUCCAGACUCAGAAUUAUCCACAGAGAUCUUAAAGCAAGUAACAUUUUGCUUGAUGAUGAUAUGAACCCCAAAAUUUCUGAUUUUGGCAUGGCCAGAAUUUUUGGUCGACAUGAAUCUGAUGCAAAUACAAAUAGAGUUGUCGGAACAUACGGUUACAUGUCCCCUGAGUAUGCGAUGGAGGGCAAUUUCUCAGAGAAGUCAGAUGUAUACAGUUUUGGAGUCUUGCUGUUGGAGAUAAUCAGUGGCAGAAAAAACAGUGCCAUUUAUCAUGAUCUUGAUCGCCCCAUGAAUUUAGUGGGAUUUACUUGGCAGCUAUGGAGAGAAGGAAGAAUCCUGGAGCUAAUGGAUCCAACACUGGCUGAUUCCUGCGUCAGGUCCCAAGUCCUGAGAUGCAUUCAUGUGGGUCUUUUGUGCGUACAAGAAUAUGCAGUGGAUAGGCCAACUAUGCCUGAUGUCAUUUCUAUGCUCUUCAAUGAAACGGUGCCGCUUCCUACACCAAAACAAACAGCAUUUAACACUCAACAAAAACUGAUGGAGGCAAAUUUACUGAGGGGUGAACAAGAGAGUUGCUCAAUAAGUGUGUCUGCUAUUUCGGAAAUUGAGGGCCGGUGGAAAAUGGUGGUGUGGCUCAUCAUUGCAGUUGCUGGUGUUUUGGGGACAAGGAAAGGAGUGAAGAAAUUAUAUAUUGAAUUAAUUGCUAAUGAUACAAAAGAGAGGAAUGAUGGGAAGAAAGAUCAUGAUUUGAAAGUCUUCACUUUUGCUUCUAUAACGGCCGCAACAAAUGAUUUUUCAACUGAAAAUAAACUGGAGAGGGUGGUGUUUGGUCCUUAUAUAAGAACCAACCAAAAGGGAGCUCUUGGAUUGGAAGAGACGUUACAAUAUUAUAGAUGGAAUUGCUCAAGGACUACUUUUUUGCAAAAUAUUCCAGACUCAGAAUUAUCCACAGAGAUCUUAAAGCAACAACGAGUUGGAAGUUUGGAGGGAGGAAUUGAGUUUCUUGAGCUUUGCGGCUUCGAGAGAAUUGAAGGGGACAACUUCUUGUUUCUUCCCCGUGACAAGGUUGACAUGGCAGCAUUAAACUCAGCUGGCCAUUCCAAAUUUCCAACAAUGGCUACCAGUAAACUAUGCCUGAACACUACAGUUUCCCUCUUCAUUUUGCUAUGUUUCAGCAUAGCACCGCCUUAUUCUGUUCAUGCACAGAGUACUGUUAGAGAUACCAUUAAGACUGGGGAAAUGCUUGGAUUCUCUGACCAACUUACUUCAGCUGAUGGCAGAUUCGUUUUAGGCUUUUUCAACCCCUUAAAUGCUGCUCACCGUUACUUGGGAAUCUGGUUUAAAGAUGACCCCAAUAAUGUUGUAUGGGUUGCUCAACGAACCAGUCCCGUAUACGGAAGCAGUGGCAACCUCACUAUGGACUCAGACGGCGUAUUGAAGAUUAUGCAGAGUGGAGGGAACACAAUUGCGUUGAAUUCCAAUCAAGCGGCUAAGAACUCGACAGCAACACUUGAGACUUCUGGCAAUUUUGUAUUGACAGAAUUGAAUCCUGAUGGAUCUCCCAAGCAGGUUUUGUGGCAAAGCUUUGAUUUUCCUACUAACACGUUACUUCCUGGAAUGAAACUAGGGGUUAACUUCCGAACUGGGCAAACUUGGUUGCUUACUUCUUGGUUAAGCCAACAAAUAGCUACCCCUGGAACUUUUUCCCUUGAGUGGAACAACAGUUCUGGUACUGGACAAAUCGUUGCCAGACGCCGUGGAGAUAUCUACUGGACAAGUGGGAGCUUGAACUUGAACAGUCGUACCUUUGAGAACGUUCGUGGGUCGCAGGAUAAAUUCAAUUUUAGUUAUGUUUCUAACCAGAAUGAGAGCUACUUCACUUAUUCUGUUCUUGAUGGGAGUACUUCGAGGUUGGUCUUGGAUGAAAAAGGGGCAAUUAGCAAUCUUCUUAUAGACGGUGUAUGCUAUGGGUAUCUAGGUUGUGCGAUGUCAGAACCUACCUGCAGAAGUAAAGAAGAUGACUUUUUGCCACAAAUAGGUGUUUUUGAUGGAGGAUCUUAUUUGUCUGAGGACAAUGUGAGCAUUGGUUUAAGCGAUUGUUGGACUAGAUGCUGGAAUGAAUGUUCUUGUAUUGGUUAUAAUACUCUUAACACAGAUGGAACUGGAUGUGAAUUUUGGAAUACAGAUGUAAACUUUACAACAGCUGAAACUAAUGGGAGAAUGCCUUAUGUUCUAAGUUCAGCAUUGCCAUCAUCAUUAAACAACUCAUCAGAAAAUGGAAAAUGGUGGAUGUGGCUCAUCAUUGCAGUUGCUGGUGUUUUGGUAAUACUUAGCGUGGGCUUCUUAUGCUAUUUGAGAAGGAAGAAACUCCAAAGGGACAAGGAAAGGAGUGAAGAAAUUAUAUUAUUGGAAUUAAUUGCUAAUGAUACAAAAGAGAGAGGGAAUGAUGGGAAGAAAGAUCAUGAUUUGAAAGUCUUCACUUUUGCUUCUAUAACGGCCGCAACAAAUGAUUUUUCAACUGAAAAUAAACUUGGAGAGGGUGGUUUUGGUCCUGUAUAUAAGGGAAAAUUGCCAGAGGGGCUAGAAAUAGCGGUAAAGAGACUCUCAAGGAGUUCCGUUCAAGGAUUGGUGGAGUUCAAGAAUGAACUAUUACUCAUAGCAAAACUCCAACACAUGAAUCUCGUUAGACUUUUGGGUUGUUGUGUUAAAGGAGACGAAAAGAUGCUUAUCUAUGAAUUCAUGCCCAACAAAAGCUUGGACUUCUUCCUUUUUGAACCAACCAAAAGGGAGCUCUUGGAUUGGAAGAGACGUUACAAUAUUAUAGAUGGAAUUGCUCAAGGACUACUUUAUUUGCAUAAAUAUUCCAGACUCAGAAUUAUCCACAGAGAUCUUAAAGCAAGUAACAUUUUGCUUGAUGAUGAUAUGAACCCCAAAAUUUCUGAUUUUGGCAUGGCCAGAAUUUUUGGUCGACAUGAAUCUGAUGCAAAUACAAAUAGAGUUGUCGGAACAUACGGUUACAUGUCCCCUGAGUAUGCGAUGGAGGGCAAUUUCUCAGAGAAGUCAGAUGUAUACAGUUUUGGAGUCUUGCUGUUGGAGAUAAUCAGUGGCAGAAAAAACAGUGCCAUUUAUCAUGAUCUUGAUCGCCCCAUGAAUUUAGUGGGAUUUACUUGGCAGCUAUGGAGAGAAGGAAGAAUCCUGGAGCUAAUGGAUCCAACACUGGCUGAUUCCUGCGUCAGGUCCCAAGUCCUGAGAUGCAUUCAUGUGGGUCUUUUGUGCGUACAAGAAUAUGCAGUGGAUAGGCCAACUAUGCCUGAUGUCAUUUCUAUGCUCUUCAAUGAAACGGUGCCACUUCCUACACCAAAACAAACAGCAUUUAACACUCAACAAAAACUGACGGAGGCAAAUUUACUGAGGGGUGAACAAGAGAGUUGUUCAAUAAGUGUAUCUGCUAUUUCGGAAAUUGAGGGCCGGUGA